AUGACGCAGCUGAUCAUCUACGCGGGCCCGAAGCCCUCCGUCUGGGGGCGCUUCAAAGCCCAGGGACUCGCCACUGUACGCGCGACCAUCUGGAUGGUCUCGCUGCUCGCCCAGUGGUUCUUGUACGCGACACUCCUGAACUCGUUAUGGCGACUGGCCUGUACCUGCAUGAAACUCUCCGCGUACCCUGCAAGCUUUCUCUCGAUGCUUGUGGGGACAGACAGCCCCAUCAGCACCCCGACAUCUACGGCACCGGCAGCAGCAACGACGACGCUUGACGCAAUCCUGACCCUUGUCCGCCGCACAGCAACUGGCGACGUCGAUCCAGUGAUGCUCUUUGAUGGAAAGAUGACGCCCCUGUUCACCGCGAACCUCGACGUUUCCGCUGCAAGUCUUAUGGACCGGGCGUCGGCGCUCCGUCCUACGCUCAAUAUCCAGAUGGUGUUUGGCGGGCUUACCAAAGGUUGCGUGAUGGUCGCCAGCAUCUUUGUCAUCUCAACCAUCGUCAAGUCUCUUCGUGCGGCCGUCGGAGCCCUGAGAGCCGAGAAGAUGCAGGUUGCUGACAUCGGAACGGGCGCUACAGCAUUCCUUAAUACAAAGGAGCCAGAAGCGGAAGUCGAUUCGGCCAUUGACAGCGUUUCCAACGAAUGCAUAUACGACAUGUCAGCGUCGACCGCAACGGACUCUGGUUCCGAACAAGAGCUUAGCGGCGUCACCCUCGCGCCUCCCUGCACGCCGUCUGGAUCUCUUUCUGACGUCAAGGUUAUCGAUGCCAUAGAGGUUCACGGCGAGGAUGCGAUCGUCUCAGCCUCGCCGGUCUCGCAGCCCAAAGCGCAAGUGACGCCCGCCCUCAACCCAUCCGCACCCAUCUUCAAACCACGAACUCUGCCCAAGUUGAAACGCCGUCCCGCCGUCCUCAACCUCUCCCAGCCUGUGACUCCUGCAACGGAUAGCGCGGCUUCAACCCCUGGGCCUGUAACCCCUACUUCGCCAUCGCCCGCUCCUGCGCCGAUCCCGACGCAUUUCACGCGGCGGCCGCCCGUGACGCCUCGCCGCCCUGGACCAAUCGUAGGCGAUGUCAAGCCCCGUUCUCGCGUAUUCGCGCCUGUUGUGCGUGGACCGGAUGGUCUUGUGCGUGUACUUGCCCCGGGUGGUGUGCCUCUCGUAGUCGAGCCUGCUGCUGUAGCUGCAGAUAUGUUCUAUCGCGCCUAA